AUGCGGCCCUCUAUACCAGGCUCUCUUCUCUCCCUAAUCGCGGCUUUCGUCCCGGGUAUUGUCGCCCUCCCAGGCACCGCCAGCACGAACGGAAAUUCCAACGCGGAGUCUAUUCCCGUGCAUUGGCUCGGCGAUACACCAUCCUACGUUGCCGGAACGACAUUCGGACUCCCCUGGCCGCAGGGGAAAUACCACUUCAACAGCACUGCGUUCAGCAUCUCGGGGUUGCAGGGUGGAGAUGCGCCUCUGCACUCCUGGGUCAACGGAUACUGGGCCGAUGGGUCGAUCAAAUGGACCGGACACGCGCUUCCUGCUGUUGAUACUGGCAAUGGUACUCUGGCCGAUGAGUAUACGGUGAGCGUGAAAACUGGAAAGCCUCACUCGUCGAGUCCUGGUGGUGUCAAGAUCCAGAAUUCCGCCGAUGCAGUCACCGUCAACACUGGCAAAAUCAGCGUGGAAUUCCCGAAGAAGGGGUCUAACAUUGUCGACUCCAUAACAACUUCAUCGGGCAAAACGGUUGGGCGGAAUGGGAAAUUGGUUCUGCAUACGCAGUCCGGUGUUGCUGAGGAUGUUGCCGCGCGCGCGAAUACCUCUAUUACAUACAGCAAUUUCGAGAGUAGCAUUUCCGGUGUUUCUGUUAGUGCAGGGAAUGGGAGCUCUCGUGCGCUUGUUACUGUGCGUGGCCAGCAUGCACCGAUUACCGGCGACGGCGACGGGUGGCUCCCAUUCGUUGUUCGGUUUUAUCUCUAUGCGAACUCCGAUGCCAUUCGCAUCGUGCAUAGUAUUGUGUUCGAUGGGGAUGCUGAGAGUGAUUUCGUCUCCGCGCUGGGGAUCCGGUUCUCUGUCCCGUUGGCUGGGGAGGAACUCUAUAACAGGCAUGUGCGUAUUCCUGGUGAAGGCGGGGGCUUCCUCCACGAGGCCGUUCGAGGGAUUACAGGACUGCGCCGAGAUCCAGGAGAGGAAGUGCGCACUGCACAGGUUGCGGGUGAGGAAUUGCCUGAUGAAAGUACGUGGGACACGCGGGUGACCAGCCGCCUGCAGUGGAUUCCAGCCUGGAAUGACUAUAAACUUUCGCAGCUCUCGCCGGAUGGAUUCACCAUUGCCAAGCGUACGAAGGCCGGACAGGGCUGGGUGCAUGUUCCUGGGGGGACCAGAUCAAAUGGAUUGACGUAUCUGGGAGGCGCAACGAAAGGAGGCAUUGCGGUUGGAUUGCGUGAUUUCUGGCAGAGGUUCCCGGCUGGAGUUGAGAUUGGAAAUGCGGCGGGUGAUGAAGGGCAUCUUACAAUUUGGUUGUAUAGCCCUGAAGCCGCGCCGCUGGAUCUACGACCUUUCCAUGAUGGGCUGGGCCUAGACACGUAUGAGAAGCAGCUGGAUGCGUUGGAGAUCACGUACGAAGACUACGAAGAAGAGUUCAACACGCCGUAUGGAAUUGCGAGGACCAGCGAGGUAUACCUGUACGCGUUUGACCAGACGCCUGACAGUGACCAGCUGGCGACGCUGAGCCAGCAUACGAAUGAGCCCCCGGUUCUCGUUGCCGACCCGUCGUAUAUCCGUGAGACGAAAGCCCUAGGAACGUAUUGGGCUUUGCCGGACACCUCAAACGAUAAAGCGGCGACUAUUGAGGAGCACCUCGAUUUCCUGGUCGAGUAUUAUGAAGGCCAGGUUGAGUCGCGCAGGUGGUACGGCUUCCUCGACUACGGCGACUACAUGCACACCUACGACGAGGACAGGCAUAUUUGGCGGUAUGAUGUCGGCGGGUACGCAUGGGACAACUCCGAGCUGUCCCCCGACUUGUUCCUGUGGCAGUACUUCCUGCGUACGGGACGGGAAGAUGUAUUCCGUCUCGCCGAGGCCCUGACCAGACACACCGGCGAGGUCGACGUGUACCAUAUCGGCGACUGGAAGGGUCUUGGGACUCGACAUGGCGUUCAGCACUGGGCCGACAGUGCAAAGCAAGUCCGCAUCACCCAGCCGCAGUAUCGGAAGUACUUCUACUACUUGUCUGGCGGGGACGAGCGUGUUGGCGAGUUACUCCAGGAAGCACUCGACACAGACAAGACAUAUGAAGUUCUCGACCCGAACCGAAAAGUGCGCACAGACGGCUGGACACCGACACCAGGUCAACCGGCCACCAUCUCCCUAGGAACCGACUGGGCCGGAUUAGCAGGCGGCUGGCUGAUUGAAUGGGAACGCCGUGGCCCUCGCUGGCAGGAAGCACGACAGAAGCUGACCCAGACGGCCCGGGGCAUCACAAACCUGACCAACGGCUUCGUCACCGGCUCCGGUCUAUACUCGUCAACGAAUGGAACACUCACACCACCCCCUGCAGACCUCAACAACACCGGCCUUGUCGAAGUAUCCCAUCUCAACGCCGUUUUCGGCCUGCCGGAGGUCAUCUCCGAGCUCCUGGACCACUGGGGUGACGCUGCCCCAGACCGGCUCAAGGACGUCUGGCUCGAGUACUGCUACUACUAUUCGGCGUCCAAGGCGGAGCAGAAAGCCCGGUACGGGGAGGACUUUGGCAGCUUGAACCUGAUUCAGGGCCACUCCCGGCUGACUGCGUAUUGGGCGCACGACCAGGAUAAUUCCACUGUUGGUGAGCGCGCGUGGAAGGAGUUUUAUGUUAACAAUGAUGGCUUCACGGCGGAUGAGACUUGGACUAGCGAGGAGGUUAAUGGGAGUGCGGUCCUUAUUCCAGUUCAGGAGGCGACGUUUAUCAGUACGAAUGCGGUUGCCCAGUAUGGGCUCGCGGCGAUUCAGAAUCUGGCGCUCGCUGGGGAUGCGUUGGAGGGUUCACCGUAUCCUUGA